UUCGCGGACUGUGGAUAGCGGAAAGAGGUUAGGGGUUUUGCCUCCGUGAUGGCAGCAGACGCUGGCAGGCGGCUGGACGUGGCCAACCUCCUUUCCUUCGGCGACGACGUCGUCGGGGUGCUCCUCGAUAGUAAGGAUGGUGAAUCCCUCGCGCAGGCUUACGACGGGGCGCGGAUGCUGCGAUCCGCCUGCCACUCCGAGUCCGGGGACCUCAAGCUCCAGGUGAAAGAGUAUCAGGAUAAAAUCAACUCAUGUAAGGAAAAGUUAGACAAAGCAAAAUCUGAAGCAGUUACGGAUGAAGAACUGAGGGCACUGCGAAAUGAGAUGAAAGGGAAACUCCAGAGCGAGCAACAGCUUCGCCAAGACUUAAGGGCAGUAAGUGAUGAGCUUGAUAACCUAGACCUUCAAAGGGCUUCAACAGAAGAAAGGAAGAAUGCUGUCAAGAAGAAGGAGAAAGGCAUGCUAAAGGCACAAAGUAUGCUUUCUAUGUGUGUUUCGGUUACAAAUAUCAUGCCAAAUUUUGAAGAUCAAGAUAAGAUUUCUGGAUAUACUGUUGACAAGAACAUGGAGAAGCUGGAGAAGUUCGAAUUUGAGAAGACAAUGUCACCAGUUGAGAUCUGCGACAAGUUUUGGAAAAUGAUUUAGGGCCUGCUACCUGCAGAUCAUACUCAUUGUACAUUAGCAGAAAUUGAUUUUUGCACUGUUCUGCAAGGUAAUAGCCUACCAAUGUGAAGAAUGCAACUCAUCCAGUUGCUUCAUAUGACCUAGUUGUAUGGCAAUCUGCUCUUCAUAUGUUGGCAAAUAGACUAGCCCAGGUUUGUUCUCGAUCUAGAUAUGAUUUUCUGCUUUGGUAUUUCA